GGAAAUGUGGAGCUGAGAUAUAGACACAGAGACGUAGGGAGAGAGAGAGAGAGGAGCAAAUGGAGGAAGAAACGGAGGCGCAGAUGGAGCCUCUGUUAACCACAGGCAACGAUCAUGAAGCUGUAGUGGAUUUGGGGAAGACCAGCUCCACCAUCCACACCAACUUCGAGAAGGAGGAGCUUGAAAGUCACAGGGCAGUGUACGUGGGGGUGCAUGUCCCUCUGGGCCGACAGAGCAGGAGGAGACACAGACACCGUGGACACCGACACCACCGCAAACGCAGAGAGAGAGAGUCGGAGAGGGAGGAUGGCCGAGAGUCACCUACAUACGAUACUCCCUCACAGAGAGUGCAGUUCAUCUUGGGCACUGAGGACGACGAUGAAGAGCACAUUCCUCAUGAUCUGUUCACUGAGAUGGACGAGUUGUCCUUCCUGGAUGGACAGAUGUGUGAGUGGAAGGAAACGGCCAGGUGGCUGAAGUUUGAAGAAGAUGUGGAGGAUGGUGGGGAGCGGUGGAGUAAACCAUAUGUGGCCACUCUGUCACUGCACAGCCUGUUUGAGCUUCGGAGCUGCAUCAUGAAUGGCACCGUCUUGCUGGACAUGCGGGCCAACACCAUCGAAGAGAUCGCAGAUAUGAUCAUAGACAGCAUGGUGGCGCAGAAGCAGCUGGACGAGUCCCUGAUGGAGAAGGUCCGGGAGGCCAUGCUGAAGAGGCAUCACCACCAGAACGAGAAGAAGCUCAGUAACCGCAUCCCGCUUGUGCGUUCCUUCGCUGACAUAGGCAAGAAACAUUCCGACCCGCACUUGCUCGAGAGGAAUGGGGAGGGGCUCUCUGCCUCCCGCUUGUCUCUCCUGAGGCGUACCUCCUCCAUCCCUGCCACCACCCUGCCGGACUCACGCCUACAGUCCAGAGCACCUCGCAGCUCUCGUGGCUCCUUCAGCCUCGGCCUCCUGCAACUGAGCCCCACCUACUCCCCCUCUACCACACCCCAGAACUCCCCGCCCCCGUCCCGCCACUCCUCGCCCCCACCGUGCCCGGCCGGCCCCCCACUGCAGCACCCGAAGCUGCUGGUGUCCCGGGGCCAGAGAGACGACAUCCCGGAGGUGGUGGUGUUCCCACCUGAGGAGGAGGAGGAGGAGCCAUACCUGCAUGAAAUCUCCAACCAGGACAAGGGGGCGGGGCCUGACCGCACCCACCAGUCCCUGCUCCUGCCCCCCCCUUCAGAAGGUUUACUGGCCUCACCUCAGUCGGCCCCGGGGAUCCUGGAGAACAGUAAACCGAGCGAGAGUCGGAUCAGCGGUGCUGGUGGGGGGGGCACGGGGAGCCGAGAGAACAGCACUGUCGACUUCAGCAGGGUGGACAUGAAUUUCAUGAGGAAGAUUCCUCCAGGUGCGGAGGCGUCGAAUGUUCUGGUGGGGGAGGUGGAUUUCCUGGACCGUCCCAUCAUUGCCUUCGUCAGACUGUCUCCCGCCAUCCUCCUCUCUGGCCUCACUGAGGUGCCAGUGCCCACUAGGUUUCUGUUUCUGCUGCUUGGCCCAUUUGGUAAAGGAUCUCAGUACCAUGAGAUCGGCCGGUCCAUCGCCACGCUGAUGACCGACGAGGUUUUCCAUGAUGUAGCGUAUAAAGCCAAAGACCGAAAUGACCUGCUCUCAGGGAUAGAUGAGUUUCUGGACCAGGUAACCGUUCUGCCCCCAGGAGAGUGGGACCCCACCAUACGCAUUGAGCCCCCAAAAAACGUCCCUUCACAGGAGAAGAGGAAGUUGCCCCCGGUGCCCAAUGGCUCCACCCCACCAUCGGAGAGCAUUAAAGGGGAGGAUCAUCACACAGGCCCUGAACUACAGAGGACAGGAAGGUUAUUUGGGGGUUUGGUGUGGGAUGUCCGGCGUAAGGCUCCGUUUUAUUGGAGUGAUGUCAGAGACGCUCUGAGUCUGCAGUGUUUGGCCUCUAUCCUGUUCCUAUACUGCGCCUGUAUGUCCCCCGUCAUCACCUUCGGGGGGCUGCUGGGAGACAUUACCAAAAACAACAUUAGUGCUAUAGAGUCUCUGUUCGGAGCGUCUCUGACUGGAGUGGCAUAUUCUGUCUUUGCUGGUCAGCCGCUUACCAUCCUGGGCAGCACCGGUCCAGUUCUGGUGUUUGAGAAGAUUCUGUUUAGAUUCUGCCGAGAUUAUGGCCUGUCCUACCUCCCUCUACGCACCAGUAUCGGACUGUGGACGGCCCUGCUCUGCGUGGUGCUGGUCGCCACGGAUGCAAGUUCUCUGGUGUGCUACAUCACACGCUUUACGGAGGAGGCCUUUGCCGCCUUGAUCUGCAUCAUCUUCAUCUACGAGGCCUUGGAGAAGCUCUUCCACCUGGGGGAGAUGUUCCCCAUCAACAUGCACAACCAGCUGGACAACCUCACCUUCUACACGUGCCAGUGUGCUCCACCUGCCAACGCCACACCUGAGCUCAUACACGGGUGGAAUCAGACCGGCUUCAUUCCGGAAUCCAUAAACUGGAGCCAAUUGAACGUCACUAUGUGCCAUAAGCUGCGUGGUGUGUUCGAGGGUCCGGCGUGUUCCAAGGACGGACCCUUCAUCCCUGAUGUUCUCUUCUGGUCCGUUAUUCUCUUCUUCACCACCUUCUUCCUCUCCUCCUUCCUCAAACAGUUUAAGACCAAGCGCUACUUCCCCACCCGGGUUCGCUCCACCAUCAGCGACUUUGCGGUCUUUCUCACCAUCAUGAUCAUGGUGGUGGUGGAUUAUCUUGUGGGGAUUCCAUCCCCCAAACUCAACGUCCCAGACACAUUUGAGCCCACCUCUAAAGACCGCGGCUGGUUGAUGUCCCCUCUGGGCAAUAACCCCACAUGGACGCUGUUUGCUGCAGCUAUUCCUGCUCUGCUCUGCACCAUCCUCAUCUUCAUGGACCAGCAGAUCACCGCCGUCAUCAUCAACCGCAAAGAGCACAAACUCAAGAAAGGCUGUGGGUAUCACCUGGACCUGCUGGUGGUGGCGGUGAUGCUGGGCGUCUGCUCUUUGAUGGGUCUGCCAUGGUUUGUGGCUGCGACCGUUCUCUCCAUCUCCCACGUCAACAGCCUGAAGGUGGAAUCAGAAUGCUCCGCCCCUGGAGAGCAGCCCAAAUUCCUUGGCAUCCGUGAGCAGCGUGUCACCGGAUUCAUGAUCUUUGUCCUCAUGGGCCUGUCGGUCUUCAUGACCUCUGUACUCAAGUUCAUCCCCAUGCCGGUGCUGUAUGGAGUUUUCCUCUACAUGGGUGUCUCCUCUCUCAAAGGGAUUCAGUUCUUCGACCGGAUAAAGCUGUUCGGGAUGCCAGCGAAGCACCAGCCGGACCUGAUCUAUCUGCGCUAUGUGCCUCUGUGGAAGGUUCAUGUAUUCACCAUUGUUCAACUGACCUGCCUCGUCCUGCUGUGGGUCAUCAAAGUGUCGUCUGCUGCUGUGAUCUUUCCCAUGAUGGUUUUGGCUCUGGUGUUCGUGCGGAAGCUUCUGGACUUCUGCUUUACGACGCGUGAGCUGAGCUGGCUGGAUGAUCUAAUGCCAGAGAGUAAGAAGAAGAAGGAGGAUGAUAAGAAGAAGAAGGAGAAGGAGGAGGCUGAGCGGAUGCUGGACGUGGAGCAGGGUCUGGAGUAUGGCGGAGAAAAUCUCCUCAGCCUCAAAACCCUCAAAGUCAGCGCUGACCCAUCUGUGGUCAACAUUACUGAUGAAAUGGCCAAAACCUCCGUUUGGAAAGCUGUGGCCAGUUCCAAAGCUCUGAAAGCCAGAGCCAGCGAGAAAAGCGCUAACAUCCAGAUCAGCGUGGAAGAUGAAGAAGGACAGAGGUUUGUGGACACGGAGACGUCGUUAUGAUAGUGGGGUGGAGAGAGAGAGAGAGAGUGCACCACCCCCCUACCCCCCCGGUCUGCUCCAGCACCUCGCUGAGCCUCAGUGUGGGCAGAAAGCAGGAGGAUCUGAAGGAGACCAGGCAACAGAUUCAUUUCAUGCUCCUGUACAUUUUUGUUUUAUUAGCACACCAACCUGUUCGCUUUUCAUCUUCAGCUGAGGUGAAUAGUAGAAGUCCCCUUAGAAUUUGGUACUUUGCUGUUUAGCUCAGAAUUGAUGACCCAAAUCAAGUUGAAGAUACAGAAUCAGAGCAGGACUUUUACUUUGUAAACUCACUCAUACACUUCUGCUUUUUACCGCUUUAUUUUAGUUCAGUUUCUGAGAGAAGCUGUGACUUCCCACCUUUUAUUUCUGUUGUAAAAGUCAUUAAAAGGCAGCAGGCGUUUUAGCGUAACGUUGUAUCGGUUAGCGUGAUCUUGCGUGAACUGAACGGUACAGUUUCCGCGGAGCUUCGUUCAGGUUGGUUAGUUCACUGUUCAGAGCCAUUAAACCAACUCCAUUAAAAGCUCUUUAGACGCCUCAGAGAGUGAAUUUACAGGUACUGUCUCAUUUUGAACCAGUUUCAUGGGAGAAAUGUGACUCUGUCUGAUCAUAAUUUUUUAUUAUUUUUAUUAUUAUUAAUAUUAUUAUUGUUGUUAUUAUUUUAUUUAUUUUUUAAAGGCGUGUUUUUAGCACAGGGCUCGCUGUGUAUUUCGACUGCAUGAUGCCAUGGAGAUGCUUUGAUGCAGAAACAAGUACAAAGACUCGUUUAAACCAAACGGUGCAGACUCACCAGAUAUUUGAGCACUUUUACACAAAUAAACAGUUUCUACACUUACAUAUUAACUCCCUCCGAUUUACCCCAGAAUACAGUCUGCUUCUUAAGGUUUGAGGCGAGUGAGUGAUGAUUUAGGUCUGAGGCAGACAAAUGGUGUCAAUAACCUCCCUUUAUUUCUUUUUUGAUUUUAAAUUAGCGUUCAUAAUUUAUUUUGCUGUUGUUUUCUUCUGUCUGUAAAGCACGUUGAGCUGCCAUCAUCAUAAAAAGUGCUCUAAAAAUAAACAUUAUUUUCAGUAAAAAGUA